CGCGAAGAUGGUGGGUGAGAGAAUGGAUAAAAAACAGAAAUCGGUCCGGAGCAACGCAUUUUGUUGAGAAUGAGUUGCAGUACAAAUACCCAGAAGAUUUUAAAAAUUUACUGAGGAUGUCUGAAGACGAUUUUGCGUUUCUUCUGGAACGGGUAUCAACAUCUAUACAAAAAAAAGAUACAAACAUGAGGGAAGCAAUACCAGCCAAAACAAAACUUAUGAUAACGCUACGGUACUUAGCAAUAGGUGAUAGCUUUAAGAGUUUGGAAUUCUUCUUUAAAGCUCCAAAAUCAACCAUCAGCAAAUUCUUAGUUAAAGUUCUGGAUGCUAUAAUAGUUUCGUUGGAAGAGUUUAUUAAAGUUCCGACGAGUGAUGUAGAGUGGAAUUAUAUACAGGCUGGAUUUAAAAAUAAGUGGAAUUUUCCAUCUUGCAUAGGAGCCAUUGACGGAAAACACGUAGUGAUAAAAGCCCCACCUAAAAGUGGCUCCGAUUAUUUUAACUACAAAAAAGAUCACAGUAUCAUUUUGCUCGCCUUGGUAGACCACGACUAUUGCUUCACAUAUGUGGAUACAGGAGCAAAAGGCAGAGCUUCUGAUGCUGGCGUUUUUGCCAACAGUUCCUUAUUUAAAGUUCUAGAACAAAACUUAUUGGGUAUACCUCGAGAUGCGGUCAUAGUUGGUGACGAUGCCUUCCCUAUAAAACCAUAUCUUUUAAAACCAUAUAGUAAACGCAAUUUAACUCAAGAAGAAAAGAUAUUUAAUUAUCGUCUGUCAAGGGCGAGGCGAAUUUCAAAAAAUGCCUUUGGUAUUUUAGUAAGCAAAUUUAAAGUAUUUAAGAGACCUAUCGAACUUAAGCCAGAAAAAGUUGACAAGGUUGUUAUGGCUUGCUGCUACUUACAUAACUGGUUACAAGAUAAAUAAUGCCUAUAUUAAUCGUGGCCUUGUAGACGAUGAGGAUCUCAAUCAUUUCCAUGUUCCGGGCAGCUGGAGAACUGCACAAUCCGCUGGUCUUUUACCAAUACACGAAAGAUCACAGAAUAGAAAGCCGACACGAGUGGCAUCCCAGAAACGUGACCAAUUUUGUUCGUAUUUCAAUGGUGAAGGAGCCGUUUCAUGGCAAUGGCGAAUGAUAGAAUAGGCUAUGCACAUAUUAUUUUAUAAUAUAAAGAUUGUUGUAUUUGAAUAAACUUGUUUCUUA